CCGACCCGUACAGUUGAUCCGUGGUCAUCCAGCAGGACAGAAGGAUCCAUUUGGAGACGCACGUAGUCGAUCAUCUUUUUUAUAUUCAUUUUUUUCUUUUUCUUUGUGAGAACGGACGUAACAACAUAAACGUCUGAAAGUUAUCAUGAACUUGAAAAAAUUUCGGGAUUCUCUAAUAGGCAACUCAGAGAAGUGAAGAUGCAAAUAUAAAGCAGUCUUGUUCAGACGUGAUUAAGGGCUCCAUCGUUCAAAUGCUGAAAUAGAUACGCAAGUUUUUUUGACAAAUUAAUGAUAUUUCUUGCAAUGUCACGAGCAUCCUGACAGAAAAUCGAUGUUUUAUUUGCUCAAAGUUAAAUAUUUUGUGAAUUUUUGUCAGUAAAUCAAGAAGAUCGACUGCCAGAAGAAGAGAAAAUUUUUUGCUGAUCUUGACAAUUGAUUUCAAAGAUUUGCCUAAACAUCGAUUAUGUGGAUCUAGUGAAUCUCGCUGAAAUUUUUUGUAAACGCUAAAUACAUCUUUCCUGUGAACAUUUAUGAGAUAAACAUGGGGAGCAUAAUGCACCUGCCGUUCUUAACUUCACUCAUAUUUUCCGUGAUCUAUAUUUCUAUCCAUGCCGAAGAAACAUCUACAAAUAUUCCGAACAAUGCCGCAGAAGAACCGACUCUUCGAGUACGAAGCUUGCCAAUGACGAUCAAUAUAGUUGAAAAAAACUGGACCAGCCUGUCGGAGAUGUUGGAUAUUUUUAGUGCGCGUAAUUUAGUAAGAAAUUGGAUCGAAGGAAAGUACCCGGUCGGAGUACAAUGCGGCAAAGACAUUACGACAUACAUCGAUGCUCUAAAGAAUGAAGAACUAUGGGCUCUUAAAGUUGAUGAUGCAUCUGGUAGAUUCACUAAUGGAUUUUUCUGGGGUAAUACUUAUUUUACGGGAUCAGCUACUGAAUGUGACUACAUUGGAACAGAUUGGAAUCCAUCACAUCAUACAUAUUCAAAAAAUCACGUAAAAAACCCCAAAGUUACAAUCAAUACAGGUCUUAGUGGAGCUACCUGGUCCGAAACAGAUUCCGUGGAAGUGCCUUUUCAACUAGGAUUUUAUAUGCUAAAACUUUCUAUAAACGUAUCUUACACGCCAACAAAACUGAUUCACUUGGGCGUUUGUCUGCCGUUCUCAUGCACUGCUUCUGACGUCGCCGUGAUCGGGAAACUCGCCGCAAGCGAAUUUGCAGCGAAGCAUUCGACGAUUGAAAAAGUCAGAGACCAGCAUAUUUCAUACAAUAUGUACACAGAUCCAGUUUUCUGGGUUCUAUCCGGUGUCAGUAUGGUGGUUCUAAUAUUGAUGAUUCUUGGCACCGGAUACGAUUAUUAUCUAUCGAAAAAAGCAGUCUGUAAGAGCAAUGUAAUCUAUGAUUUGGAGAAACAUGGAAAACUCGAUCAUCUUACUAAUGGCGAUCGGAAGGUCAUAAACGCCGUUCAAGGUGAAGUCUACCUUCCUGUUCCAGUGGCAGAUUCUAAUAGCAAUGGUGUGCAGUCGAUCAAUAAUAACAAUGGUCUCGAGAAUGGUUUGCAACCGUCUACCAAAGAAGAGCAACAUCUUAGUAUUUUUGAAGAACUUCUACUUUCUUUCUCCGUUCCUGCUAAUGUGAAGAUUAUCUGCGACCGUAAUGUUGGCAGUGAUACAAUUAGCACUGUUCACGGACUCCGAGCGAUAUCGAUGGCCUGGGUCAUUCUUGGGCAUACAUGCAUUAUCGUUUUUAAGUAUUCGGAUAACAUGGAGUAUCGCAAAGUGGUAGAGAAGCGAUUCCUCUUCCAGACCAUCACAAACGGCGCUUUCAGCGUUGAUACAUUUUUCUUCAUGGGCGGUUUGCUCGUGAGCUUUCUGUAUUUCAGAACCAAUGCCAAGGGAGAUCUAAAGAGACUCACGCAGGGCACGCGAGGCUUCGCCGCAGGCACCCUAAAAUUUAUUGGGCUCCUUGUCUAUCGAUUUUGUAGGCUCACCACGCCGUAUAUGUUUAUUCUGGGUGUAGUAGAGAUCUCGAUGAAGUAUUUCUACACAAAUUCCGUUUUUGAGCCUCCUACAGCAGAUCACUAUAACUGUCCCAAUUAUUGGUGGAGAAAUUUGCUCUAUAUUAAUACUUGGUUUCCCGUCGAUCAAAUGUGUAUGCUCUGGAGCUGGUAUUUGGCGGACGAUACACAGUUCUAUAUUGUGGGUGGAGUGAUUUUGAUACUGGCUACGAAUCACUUCAAAAUCGCAGCUUCCGCGUUAGUUGGUUUGUUAGUAAGCUCAUGGAUAACUACUGGCUAUAUCGCUUUAGUUAAUAAUCAUAUGCCGAGCAUGGACGAUCCGUUGGCCCUCUUCGACAAAAUCUACGAUAAACCGUGGACAAGAUUAGGUCCUUAUCUGAUCGGCAUGAGUGUCGGCUACUUUCUCUUUAAGACUGAUUGUAAAGUGAAAAUGUCUAAGACUACCGUCGUUGUUGGAUGGCUCUUGUCUUCUGCGUGUCUCUUAAGUUUGCUUUAUGGUCUAUAUGAGACAGAGCUUACACCAGUCACUGGAGCUGCGUAUUCAUCUUUGAGUCACAGCGCGUGGGCGCUAGGCUUAGCGUGGAUCGUAAUAGCAUGUAGUACUGGCUACGGCGGAUACGUAAAUAAGAUUCUAUCGUGGCCGCUCUUAUAUCCGUUCAGCAGAGUGACUUACUGCUCCUAUCUAGUUCAUCCGCUUGUGAUUCGUCUAACCGCUAUGAAUCUAGACUCUCCGUUACACUUAGGCAAGGACAUAAUGAUGAUAACAUUUCUGGGGCAGCUAUCGCUGUCGUACGCAUUGUCAUUUAUAGUGUCAAUCGCUUUUGAAGCACCGGUGGUCAGUAUGCUGAAAAUUGUCUCACCGAAAAAGCGGAAACGUAUACAAUAGAGAUUAAAGUAUAUUUAAUAUAUGUCAUACACUCUCGUACAAUUAUUUAUACGAUCUUAU